UCACCAGCAGGAGGCGCGCGGCGCCGGGGCUGGCUGGGAGAGGCCCGCGUGCGCGGAGGUGGCUGGCGGCCGUUGUCGUCUAGAAAAAUGGAUGAUGAUGGUGAUGACAUUCCCCAGCUUUCAUCCCAUACAUUGGCUGCCCUCCAGGAGUUCUAUUUGGAACAGCAGCAGAGAGAGGGCAUGAAGACCUCCCAAGGGUUUAAUCAAUAUUCCAUUGGCUCAAUAGAAGAAGACUGGCAACUGAGCCAGUUUUGGUACAGUGAUGAAACCGCAUCACGCCUGGCUGAUGAAGCAGUUGUGGCAGCUGGGAAGGGUGGCAGGAUAGCAUGUGUUAGUGCACCCAGUGUAUACCAGAAACUGAAAGAACAGGAUGGUAAAGAUUUUUCAGUCUGUAUACUGGAGUACGACAGAAGGUUUUCUGUAUAUGGAGAAGAAUUUAUCUUCUAUGAUUACAACCACCCUUUGAACUUACCUGAAAAUCUCUUGCCACACAGUUUUGACAUUGUUAUAGCAGAUCCACCCUAUCUGUCUGAGGAAUGUCUUCAAAAAACUGCAGAGACCAUCAAAUAUUUAACAAAAGGAAAGAUUCUACUUUGCACAGGUGCAAUUAUGGAGGAACAGGCAGCAAAGAAUCUUGGUGUGAAGAUCUGCAAGUUUAUUCCAAAACACGCACGAAAUUUAGCCAAUGAAUUUCGGUGUUACGUGAAUUAUGCUUCUGGGCUGAAGUGAGCCUCCUGAGAAGGUCUACAGAUUUCUCAGUCAUGCUCCUUUCUGUUUUUUAGCAGUGACUCCAUAUUUCUCAAUGCUGAAAUACUCAGCUCCAAGUACUGUUUUCUGGGCCAGCUCUAAUCAUGAUAGCCUCUCUCUUUUAAAUGUGUUUUGUAUUGUACAUUUUUGGUAAAUGGGGACCAAACAGCGCAGGUGCUAGACAAUGGAAGCUUCUCUGUUAGAGGUUCAUUCAAACUGUCAGGUUUUACCAUUCAAGGACUCUUCAGUGACCCCUGCAAAGUGAUUUUAGCUGGUUGGUGUAUAACAACACACAGGUGCUUGCCUCACAGACACCAGAGUCAUCACUGCAUCAGAACUGAUGACUUCCUAGCUAGUGGAUGGUUGAAAAAGCAUGACCAGUGGUCUCCUUUCAAUCUUGAGAGAUGCUCCCUGAGUAAAAGGCUUGAGAGAUGUUUGUUCUGAAUGUGUCAUAUGUUUUCAGAUUCAUUACCCAGCAGGCUGAUGUUUUUAUAAAGGAUAACUGGAAGAGAAAAUAGGUCUCCUUCUGGAGAGGCCGCUCCAGUUGCUUUUAAUAAUCAUCAGAACUACCUAGCAGUUGCCAAGUAAGAUAAGAAUUACUCUCUCACUAUUGUUGCCAGACUGGCUUUUUAAAAUAUUGUGAUGAUUAUUUCACCUUGCUUUGUCACAAACCCAGACUUUCUUUUUGUGAAAAGAUCUAUUUUGUCAUCACUUACACCAUACAAACUUGUGUACGUAUGCAUGCUGUACUAAGUCGUUACACAUCUCCUUGCAGAAGUACAGUGCAUUUAUUUUGUGUUGUUUAUGUGUUAGUGCAACACAAAGUCUUUUAAACUUUAAAAACCCUCAUACAACUGGGUUGUUCUGUUGACUAGUUAAGCUUAUCUCCUGAGGUGGUAUAAACCAAAUGUCUCCUUGAAAAAAGCACAGUAAGGAUUUCCCCAUUAGAGAGAGCUUUACUGGCAUUAAGAAUCCUAUACAUUAGUCAGGCCAAAUCAACUGGAAUAUGAACUAAUUGCUAAAUAAAAAUACAACACAUGAGCCAGUCCUUGCGUUAGUGCUUCAGGCUGUGUGUUCCUUGAUUCUUCCUUUGAGUUACUGUUGGUUAUGAGAUACUUCUGUAGCAAUGUGACCCAUACACACUAGUCCCUUAAAUCUUGAAUCAUAAUCUGAUUAAAUACAGUGCCUGCUUUUUAGUGGAUUUCAAUAUCAAGCUAAGAUGAUUUACAAGUAUGCCAAGUUUGUAGUUACAAGAACAGGCCUUUUUUCCAAUUGCUCAGUUUUAUCUUUGCCUCCUGUUCCACAGAUGGCUGCAGAGCAGUAGUAUAGGAGCAUCUUGGGAAUUGCUGAAUCAUACAAGGCCACUGAGGUAUAACAGUGUAUUGAUAAACUCACACUCUUUCUAAUAAAUGUUAAAUUUUAUAUUGCCCAAGGUUUGGGCUGUAUGUCAGUCAAAAUAGAUGAUACUUGGAAAAACCCUGCUUUGGGACAGUAGAGAUUUUUGGUAACUGGGAAUUUUUAAAGCCAUCCUAUUGACUACACUUCUAAUGUAUUUUUGGGUGAAAGCUGGUUCAUAAAUUCCAAGGCUCUCAACAGUUUUAUCAGCUAUAAAUAUACUAUAUAAAACAUAUGUACUUGUAUAUCAUAGGUAUCUGUUGGGAUUAUGUAAAAGACUACAGAAAUGCUGCAUCUACAAAAUAAAUCACCUAAAAUGAAGUAUUAAGAAAUUUACUUUGUGGUGGGAAUAAACCUAAUUAAGCUUGUGAGACAAGACUUUUAAGAAGGCAGAAGUAUAUACUCAUGUUUCUGUGCUUUUCUGCUGUUUGAAUGCAGAUUUUCCUGUCUGAUGGAGUAAAUAAAUGAGCAGGAAUAACA